CAGUGGUAUAAAUUCUCGCCAUUUCCGUUGUCUUGCUUGAGUUGCUGCUGUCGUCUUUUGAAAGCCUUCAGAGCAUUUACCAUUGACCUGUGCCGGGAAGGAAAUAAGAAGAAUUUUGCUUGACCAUGGCGGACAAGGCAGUGACUAUUAGGACCAGGAAGUUUAUGACCAACAGGCUUCUUUCCAGGAAGCAAUUUAUCAUUGACGUUUUACAUCCUGGACGACCCAAUGUUUCCAAGGCGGAGUUGAAGGAAAACCUCUCUAGAAUGUAUGAGGUGAAGGACCCCAAUUCAAUCUUUGUGUUCAAGUUUAGGACUCAUUUUGGAGGUGGAAAAUCUACUGGAUUUGGUUUGAUUUAUGAUUCUGUCGAGAACGCAAAGAAGUAUGAGCCCAAGUACAGGCUGAUCAGGAAUGGACUCGAUACCAAGGUAGAGAAAUCGAGGAAACAAAUGAAGGAAAGGAAGAACAGGGCUAAGAAGAUCCGUGGAGUAAAGAAGACCAAGGCCAGUGAAGCAGCAAAGAAGAAAUGAGAGCUAAAAGGCAAAACUUGUGCUUAUCACAGAGCCAAUGCUUUUCAACAGUGUUUUUUAGGGUUCUUGAAUCUUUUGAUUUGGAAACCAGAUUUUUGGUGUUGUUAUCUGAUGUUUAGUUAUAUUAUUACUAUCUGAUUUUUCUUAUUUUGAUAAUUCUUUCAUGGCAGAUUUUGAAA